CCUUAUUGAAUAACAGCAAUGGCCGCCUGUUGGCUUAGCAUUUUUCUUCCUCUGCUUUUUUAAAAGCAUUUGACACGUAAUAUUGCCCGCUUGCGUUUCACGCAGUGGCGGGGAUGGAUAUACGACUCAGUGAGUGUGUCGUGUAGAAAGCAGGGCAGCUCCCGAGUGGGCUUUUCGUGGCCAAAAUGAGCGACGUAGUGGAGAAAACGCUGAUAGCUCUGCCGAGCCUCCUGUCUUUAGACUCUCAACCGGGGGCUGCGAAACUGUCUUCCACCUCGAAACUUGGAAACCUCAUCAGAGGGAUCACAGAGCUAACGUCCAAGCAUGAGGAAGAGAAACUGAUUCAACAAGAACUGACUGCAAUUAAAGAGCAAGCUUCGUCCCCCAACACAUCCAUGAGGCAGAUGAAGGACCUCAUGGUGCGAGCCAUCUACUGUGAAAUGUUGGGGUAUGAGGCUUCCUUCUGCUACAUUCAUGCCAUCAAGUUGGCUCAACAAGGCACUGCAUUGGAGAAGAGAGUUGGUUACCUUGCUGUAUCCUUAUUUCUGAAUGAAAAUCAUGAGCUCCUCCUCCUCCUCGUGAAUACUGUUUUAAAGGAUCUCCAGAGCACAAACCUCAUUGAAGUGUGUAUGGCUCUAACGAUUGUCAGCCAGUUGUUUCCCAAAGAUAUGAUACCUGCGGUGCUCCCUCUAGUGGAAGAAAAGCUCACUCACCCAAAAGAAAUCAUUCGACGAAAAGCAGUUUUGGCAUUGUACAAAUUUUACCUGAUCGCACCCAAUCAAGUUCAACACAUCCAUAACAAGUUUCGCAAAGCUUUGUGUGACAAGGAUCCAGGUGUUAUGACAGCCUCACUGCACAUCUACUUGCAGAUGAUCAAGGAGAACCCAGAAGGUUACAAGGAUUUGACAGGCAGCUUUGUCUCCAUAUUGAAGCAGGUGGUGGGUGGAAAACUGCCAAUGGAUUAUAACUAUCAUAGUGUUCCUGCUCCCUGGCUUCAAAUCCAGCUUCUUAGGAUUCUGUCCUUACUUGGGAAAAGUGAGCAGAGUACAAGUGGGAUUAUGUACGAAGUCCUCGAUGAGUCCUUACGAAGAGCUGAGAUGAACCAUAACAUCACUUAUGCAAUAUUGUACGAGUGUGUAAAAUGCAUUUACACAAUUCAUCCAAAAAGUGAACUCCUGGAAAAAGCUGCAAAAUGUAUUGGCAACUUUAUUCUGUCGCCAAAGAUUAACCUGAAAUAUAUAGGCUUGAAAGCACUCACCUACGUGGUCCAGCAGGAUCCUAAACUGGCCCUGCAGCAUCAGAUGACUAUCAUAGAAUGCCUUGAUCAUCCUGACCUCAUCAUCAAACGUGAGACGCUGGAGUUGCUCUUUAGGAUCACAAACGCCAAGAAUGUCACAGUCAUUGUGGAGAAAAUGCUGGAGUUCCUGCGCACCAGUAAAGAUGACUACAUGACCAUUGACCUGGUGGGGAAGGUGGCAGAAGUGGCUGAAAAAUAUGCACCUGACAACAAGUGGUUAAUUGACACAAUGAACACUGUGUUCUCACUCGGUGGAGACUUGAUGCAGCCUGACAUCCCAAACAACUUCCUCAAACUGAUCUCAGAGGGUUUUGAGGGCGGGGAACAAGACCGGAUGUUGCGCCUUCUUGCAGUGGAUUCCUAUGUGUCUCUGCUACAAGGAGAGCCUAGUAAGCUGCCUCAGCGCUUCCUCCAAGUCAUCAGCUGGGUCCUUGGCGAAUAUUCUCACAUGAGAGAAGGUCUCGAACCAGCCACCGUUGUGACACUUCUGGCCAAGCUUUUGGACUUGAAGCAGUCCAGUAGUGAAACCAAGAGCUGGGUCCUCUUGGCAAUGACGAAGCUGUGCGAGGGCGAGGCAGGUAUGUCUGUGCUUCAGGGGAUUUCUGAAAUGUAUAGCAGCUCCAUGGACACAGUGCUGAGACAAAGGGCCCAGGAACUGCAGAACCUCCACUUGAAUCCCAUGUUGCGGGCCAAGGUGCUACCUCGAGAUGCCUACAUGGAGCCUCUGGAGGUCGACUCCUCUCUGUCGUUUUUGGAUGAGUAUGUGUCCGAAGCGCUGGCUGCUGGUGCUGCUCCUUACAAGUCUCCUCAUCAACGUCAUGAAGUGCUCGCUCAGGCAAAAGCUUUAAGCCUGGAACCCUACGGCCUGUCGCUACCUAUCAGUAUGUCCUCGUGCAGUUUAGACGACAGACAGUCUCCCACCUUGCCCUCAUUGAGUUCUGGUCUGUCGGGUGACAGUGCCGACCCCUCGCACAAAGCAAUUACUACGUCUCUAAAGCUGGAUAAAGUGAAACGAGUAUGGGGGAGAGAGGGCUACCUGGCCCAGAGGGAGUCUGCAGAAGAACCUGCCAAGGUUGAAGUUCCCAGUCCGGUCCAUUCGAAAGGCCAGAUUGGCGAGAUCAUCUCGCAGAACCAGACCCCACUGCCAGCCGCAGAUCAAGAAAAACAGCAGCUGGCAUCUUCACUGUUUGUUGGCCUGGGCUCUCAAACAACUUUGCCCCUGAUGGGAAAAUCUGAGGCAAAACCCCAGAGGGUCAGGCGAAAGGCUAAAGAUCAGGUCUUGUCCACAGAAGUCCCCAGGCAAACAUCCAACUCCAUCAUCAUUGCUCCAAACAGCGUCGAUAACCUGCUGUGUAACAUCCCGCUGGACUCCAACAUGGACCCAGAAGCCUCAUCUAAGCAGAUGACUGAAAGUUCCAAGGGCUCCGCUACUCCAAACGGUACCUGCGACGCAGAGGGCAAGCUAACUGAGUGUGAUGUGCAGAGACUUGAGCCCAGUCUCAUCAGGGACAAUGGUUUAAUGGCCGCUGGUUCUGUUGAGACAGAAGAACCAGUCGAAAUGAAAGACUUGCUUCUCACCUCGCAUCUCCCUGCUGACUGCAUCGGAGCGACUCACUCCGAAAUCACUCCCCUGUGUUCCAGCCACAGCGUGGCUCUCUCGGCCUGUCAUGCGCAUAAAGACGACUGCUUGGUGCUGGUUGUUUUGAUUUCCAACUCCUCCACCUCUGAUGUGCAAGAGUUACUUGUGCAGUUGGCCUCAGAAGAUGUUGAGGUGUCCAGUAUCUCCGAGAUUCCAGUAGAGGAGGUGAGGUGCUGCCACGUAGAAGUGUGUCAGUACUCCCUGACUGUGAAGAGGCCUUCAGUUCAUCUUCAAGUGUCCGGCCUGGUUUCUUUCAACAUGCCUGAUGGGACUCGUCAAACAACCCACUUCUCAUACAAACUGCCGCUUUCCUCCUUCAUCAGGCCUUUGGCGCUGUCUACAGAAGAGUACGGCGCAAUGUGGCUGGCCUUCUCACACGAUACAAAGCAGAACCUGACGCUCGUUGCGGAUGUCCAGGAUCCUCUGAGAGCGACACUGGAAGUGCUGGAGAGGAAACUUCACCUUCAUGUGGUGGCCAUCAUAGGGAUGGAAGGUAUUGUAGCUUGCCAGGUCCUCCGGAAUCAGCCAUGUUUGAUGCACUGCCGGGUGCACGGCGGCACGCUGGCCGUGUGGUUGCGCUCUCCGAUCCCAGACCUACCCGACUGCCUGCUCUACCACUGUCAGAGAGCAUUACAGGAACUUUGAACACUGUCACUACUGAGCUGCAUCAGCUCUGCACUAUAGGAAAACUGCAUAGAACUGAAAGGGAGCAUCUAAUGGCUGGUGUCUGCAUGAUAAUGAUUAUCACAUCCACCUUAAACUUGGUGGACAUAACAUUAGGUACUCUUACACAUAUACAGUAAUGAGAAUUUUCAUUUCUGAUAUAGUUAUUGAGAUACGGAUUGUCAAAAUUAUAGAAACACUCCGCAGCAUGUUGCAGACUGCAAACUACAGUAAACACAUUAUUAAUUAAUUAUAAUUAAUUAAUAAUUAAUAUCGCAAUCAAAACAAAUGCAGAUCUUGUGUUGUAUGUCGCGAUUGUGCAGGUGUACCUAAUGUUGUGGCCAACAACUGUACAUUACUAGUUAAAUAUGAACAUUUU